AUGAUAUUUUUCAUUUUAAUCUUUUUUGUUCAAAGUUGCUUAUGGGAAUACGAAGACAUGACUUUAUACCCAACGAAUGGAGAGUAUUUUGAAUAUCCUUUGAGCAGUUUAAUAUAAAACUAUGGUAACUAAUUAUGAUGAAUAUUUUAUAGAUGAUCACAAACUUAUUUACCAUUAUGAACCUAGUGUACCAAAUGUUUAAAUAACAAAUAUUGUUAAUGAAAUAACACAUAUAAAAGGAUACGGUAUUUAUUAGUAUCAUAAUAUUAGAAUUUAUUUCAGUAACAUCUAAUCAAACUCAUUUUGCAACAAUAACUAAAGAAAAUGAUGUAAUCCUUUACUAAUGGUAAAACUUAAAUAUUUAACAGUAUGGAUAACAAGUUAAAAUUGAAGAAAGAUAUCAAUGCUAUAAUAUUAUUUUUUUUGCUGAUGUAGAUGUCUUACUUGAUUGUUAUGCUGAAGAAUAUUUUUAUUUAUUAUAACUAAUGAAUACUAGUUUGAACAUUGUUUAUUCUAUCUAAGCAAAUAAGCCAAUUAAAUCAUAAAUGUAAGGAAUUUAUAAUGAAUCAAAAACAUUCCUAAUAUAUGCCUAAUAUUAUUAAAAUUUAUCCAUCAUUACAUUAUUCUCAUCUCAAUUUAAAAAUUUAACAUUUUAUUAAGAUUAAUUUAUACAGAUUGGUAUUCCUUUAAGAGAAAACCCAUAUAUAUAUAUACUUUACAAAUAAUACAUAAAAUAAUUUAUCAUUACUUAGAAUAAUACUUUUCAAUAAACAUAAAUAUUUACAAACAAUAAUGAAAUUGAAGCUGAUAAUUUUCAAGUUUAUUAUAACUAUUAAGAUUAUUCUUAAUGUGAUUAAAUUUUGGUUAAUUACCAUUAUAGAUUCCAAGAUAAUGAUAAAAAAUAAAUGAUGUCUUCAAGUAAAUAUUUAGAAUGCUAAAAUAAUCUUUAUUAUUAAUUUGAAUUAGACAAUAUUGAUUAUAAAGAAUCAAAAGUAAUUUAGUCUUUUUUGAAUAAUGAAUUUUUAUUGUUUUAAUCAUCACUGCGUCUUAUAAUGUAUAACUUACAUGGAUUUCACUCAAUUGGCAAUAUUUAAAUUAAUAACAACACUUAAAUAUAUUUAAAUACUUAAGAUAACUACUUAUUUACAUUUAAUACAUAAAUUAUAGUCUAUGAAUUGAAAAUACCAUAAAUAUAAAUUAAUUUAACAGAUUAAUAAGUUUAAGGAAUAACUUAUGAUAUUACAAUUUAUGCUAAAUUAUAUAAUCUGACUUUUGCUGGUAUUUGUAAAAUAUUUAUGUCUAUUACUAUUCUAGAUUAGAGUGAUACAAAUAUUUAUGUAAUUUUUAAUAAAAAUUUCUAUCAGUAUAGAUCUAUUACUGGCAAUGAAAUAAAUGAAUAAAUCUUUGUAGGCUAUUCAGGCAAAUUACUGUAAUAUACUGUGAAUAUAGAUAAUAAAUAAUUUGGGUAGUUUCAUUAAACAACAUAUUAGGAAAGAUUGUUAUAAAUAAAUCAAAAAUUUACCUUGGCCUAAUUGUCUUAUUGUGUUUGCAAUGAUUGUUAAAAUGAUUAANUAUUAAAACAUAUAAUAUUUAUAAAAACCUUUAAUUUAUUAAUCCAAUUUUAAGUAAUAUUUUAUUUACUAAAUAAAAUAAUAAUUAAAAAUAUGA